AUGCGUCUCCUCCUCCCGGCCCUCCUCUUCCUCCUUUCAGCCUUUCACUCAGUCAGGGGUUCACGCUCCUGUCCGCCCCCGUGCGUUUGUUACGAGCACGCCGACCUGGUGGACUGUCGUGCACGUGGAUUCGAACACGUUCCCCGGGGCCUCCCACACGGAACCUGGCUGCUGGAGCUGGGAGGAAACAACCUGACUGAGAUCGGCUCUCGGGUUUUUACUGGACUGUGGUCGCUGAGAGUCCUGGUGAUGAGCAACAGUCAGAUCCAAGUCAUACAACCACAGGCGUUUUUCUCUUUGUCCUUCGUGGAGAAGUUGGAUCUCAGUUGGAACCAGUUGACGUUUCUUCCCAUCGACUUCUCCACCAGUCUGUCUGCUCUCAGAGAACUUCGACUGGCUCACAACAACUUACCUUACUUAUCUGGAAACAGCCUAGAGUAUCUGGACAACCUGGAGAAACUGGACCUGAGCUACAACCAGCUGGUGUCUGUGGGUCCUGGUGUGUUCAGAGGUCUGUCCAGGCUCAGACAGCUCCACCUGCACAACAACAGGCUGAGCGUCCUGCAGCACGGGAGCCUGGACAUGCUGCCUGGACUGGAGAAUCAGAAGAACUUCAUUAAUCCCCAUGGGGAGAUUAAAGCUGAUUUGCAACAGAUAGCGUGGGCCAGAGUGUUCCACUAUUAUAAAAUGGACAUGACUUGA